AUGCUGGGCGUGUCCAUGGAGUGGACCCCAGGGAACUGCUGGCCCAUGGUGGACGUGGAGGAGCGGCGGUACUACCGGCCGGACUGCAAGGCCUUGUUCAGCGUGGACGCUCUGUACGUGGUGCCGCCGCAGGUGCACGUGUUCAAGAUGACGGCGGGGCGGGAGAUCGACGUCAACGCGGCAGGCAUCAUCAAGGUUGUGGACCACGUGAAGGAGCGCCUCCCUCACCACCUGGGCUGGGCAGUCAACCUGCAUUUCGUGGCCCCGGAGGGCUGCGGCCUGGGCGCUCCGCAGCGGUACAUCACGCGCAGCGGCAAGAACUACGACGUCAAGAAUACCAUGCUGGAGAAGGUGAACCAGUACGUGCUGGAGGUGGGCCAGGCGGACUUCGAGAGGCACCUGUCUCAGGGGGGCAGCGGCGAGGCCGGCAGGCACUGGGCCCUGAAAUGA